AGCAAGUGGCACAAAUGUGUAUCCCGUAUCCAAGUCCAUUUUCAAACAAACGAUUGACAGAACUUUGACACGCGCCUUGAGUAGAAACAACAAUCGAUAAUCGUUUAUAUGGUACUAUAUGCUCUAAGAUAAAAUGGCACCGAGUCAACGACAGCGGCAAUUAUUUUAUCUAAAAAAAGAUCAGAAGAAGCAUAAUGGCAAGAAACUGACGAAGGCGGAGGACUCGGUGGACAUUGGACUCAUUUAUCCUGGUGGUGAUACAGCUUUCAAGCUACUUUUAUCCGCUAGAUUUUGUUCAGCUAUCUGGAGUCAUAUCACGGAUUGCGAUGAGACCUUUAACUACUGGGAACCAAGUCACUAUUUGCUCUAUGGAACGGGUCAACAAACCUGGGAAUACAGUCCUGAUUAUGCGUUACGAUCUUAUACGUAUUUACUGCUACAUGUAGUACCCGCCAAAAUCUACUGUUACUUGUUGGAGCCAAAUCCUGUACUCGUAUUUUACUUCAUUCGAUGUCUCCUUUCCGUAGGAUGUGCUCUCUCAGAGGUAUAUUUCUACAAAAAUGUAUGCCGUGAGUUCGGGGUACAUAUAGCCCGGCUUACUCUAGCAUUUCUAAUCUUGAGCUCUGGGAUGUUUAUUUCGAGUGCUGCUUUUUUACCUUCUUCAUUUUCCAUGUACUUGAGCACGGUCGCUCUAGCUGCCUGGUAUGAUCGUAAAUAUGAAUUGGCCAUUUUCUCAACUGCUCUUUCUUCUUUGCUCGGAUGGCCAUUUGCAGCGUUAUUAGGUACUCCCAUAGCCAUAGAAAUGCUGUUGCGUCGUCGAGAAUGGCUCAGAUUUACAAAAUGGGCAGCAUUGUCGGCAGUCGUCAUUUUAGCACCCAUGAUUUGGUUUGACUCUGUCUAUUUUGGUAAACUUGUUAUCGCUCCUUUUAAUAUUAUUGCUUAUAACGUCUUUACCAGCCAUGGGCCAGACCUGUAUGGCACUGAACCAUUUCACUUCUACUUUCUCAAUGGAUUUCUCAACUUCAAUUUCGUUUUCUUAGGUGCGCUUGCUGCACCUCUUGGGUUACUCUUAACAUGGUUGGUUGUACCAGCAAAGCCUAGGAACUCCUACUGCCUACCUUAUUGGUACUCUUUGGCUCCUCUGUAUCUCUGGAUGGGCGUAUUUUUCUUCCAAUCACAUAAGGAAGAAAGAUUCCUUUUCCCGAUCUACCCCAUGAUUUGUCUAACUGGUGCCAUAACAGUAGACAUUGUUCAAAAGCUCUACUUUUUUGUUUGUACUCAGAUUAGUCCGCUGCCCAUUACUAGUCAUUAUUUACGACACACAGCACCAAUAAUGGUUUUAUCAAUAAUCGUUUGUGGUUUACUCGGAUUAUCAAGAUCAUUGGCACUCUAUAAAGGAUAUUAUGCCCCACUGGAAAUUAUGAUGGAAGCUAAUAAGCUUGGAUCUGAGGGACAAGUGCCUACAGACGUGAAUAUAAAUUUCUGUGUCAGCAAAGAGUGGUAUCGUUUUCCAAGUAGCUUUUUUUUCCCAUCUAACAAUUGGAAACUGCAGUAUUUACGAUCAGAAUUUCGAGGACAAUUGCCACAGUCCUUUUCAGAUCAAGAAAAUGGAACAAGUAUAAUUCAGCCUCACUUUAAUGAGAUGAACAAAGAAGAGCCAUCGCGUUAUUUCGAUAUUGAAAGAUGUCACUUUUUACUGGAUCUAGAUCUUGGGAGAGAAUCUGCUCUGGAGCCUAACUACUCUCAUCAACCAGAUCACUUCACAAUUAUAAAGUCCUCUGAUUUUCUCGAUGCAUCAAACUCUCAUCCACUCUUCAGAGCUUUUUAUAUCCCCUUUGUAUCUCAUAAUUUCUGCAGCUUUGGUUCCUACAACUUGCUACAGAGUACAAAAUUCAAGCUAUCACCUGCCACAUCAAACAGCAAAGCAAAAGUCUCCAGAUCUGCGUAACAGAUAAUCGAUAGAUUUUCCGCAUAGUUCAACAGAGUUGCCUUUGAGUACUUCUAUUAAUUAUCACUUUUCCAAAAUAUAUCACCAAAAUAAGACCAGAACACUUUCGUUCACUGCCAAUAAUUUCUGUUUUUCAACAAGAACCGAGGCAGACUGUUUAACUAGUCCACAAUAACAACGAAGAGACCAUGCACAGGUAUUUUUCUCCUAAUAUCUUGAUUAGGAAUUGAUAGAAUUUUUUUGGAACCUUAUGAAUGCUCAGGGACUUGAUGUUUGUAGUACUAAAUACCUGCGAGGUUUUUCUCUAUUGUACAUAGUGUUGAAAUGAGGCUGAAUUUGAAUUUGACUCAGAAUUCUGAUGAUUGGUAUCGAAUGAUUAAUCUAUUACUGCAUAUUUGGAAGGACCGUGUAAACUAAUUUCAGAACUUCAUUAGGCUCGUUUAUAUAGCUCUUUCAUGGAUAGCUAGUCUCUCAUUGCUAACAAUUGGUUGUGUUUGAUUUAAUACUUAUGAAUGCUAGCAUUCACCACAGACUAGUGAAUUUAGGGCUCACUCACCAUACCGUUAAAAGGUGACAUUCCUUUUGCAUAAAGUCCUUAAUAUCACUGUAAAAUUAUACUUGACAAAUAAUUAAACUUGAUAAGACCAUAGUGGAUUAUGUGUAAUAAGUGGGAUAUAUUAUACUUAUAGGAAUAAUGAGUUGUAGUAAAUAAUAAUUCCAGUCACCUAAUAGGUUUAUUCUAUUUCCAUUUUAUUAGAAGUAUCCGAGUACUUCAAUGUAUCGGGCUAAUAAAUGUUUAGUUUUUACGUUUGGAAAACGUCCUCUGGCGUUCCAAGAAGACGUAGACUGUACAUAGUUUGUGAUUACUAUUUAUUACGGAAAUAUACUGACUCCAAAUUUUCAUAAAA